AUGGGCAUGGUAAGUUAGCUAGGAGGGUCUGAGUGAAUCAACAGUUAUAUAUGCUCAGUAGCUACUUUGUAUGAGAGUGUUGUAACGUUAGCUAGCUUGCUAGAAUGGUGGUCCUCUGUAGCUCAGCUGGUAGAGCACGGCGCUUGUAACGCCAGGGUAGUGGGUUCGAUCCCCGGGACCACCCAUACACAAAAAUGUAUGCACACAUGACUGUAAGUUGCUUUGGAUAAAAGUGUCUGCUAAAAUGGCAUAUUAUUAUUAUUAUUAUUAUUAUUAUUAUUAUUAUUAUAUUAAACAGGUCAACAUUCACAAGGCUGCGGGGCCAGACGGAUUACCGGGACAUGUGUUCAGAGCAUGCGCGGAUCAACUGGCAAGUGUCUUCACUGACAUUUUCAACCUCUCCCUGACCGAGUCUGUAAUACCUGCUUGAAAUACCUGUUUCAAGCAGACCACCAUAGUCCCUGUGCCCAAAAAAGCGAAGGAAACCUGCCUAAAUGACUACCGCUCCGUAGCACUCACGCCGGUAGCCAUGAAGUGCUUUGAAAGGCUGGUCAUGGCUCACAUCAACACCCUCAUCCCAGAAACCCUAGACCCACUCCAAUUCGCAUACCGCCCCAACAGAUCCACAGAUGACGCAGUCUCAAUCGCACUCCACACUGCCCUUUCCCACUUGGACAAAAGGAACACCUAUGUGAGAAUGCGGUUCAUUGACUACAGCUCAGCGUUCAACACCAUAGUGCCCACAAAGCUCAUCACUAAGCUAAGGACCCUGGGAUUAAUCACCUCCCUCUGCAACUGGAUCCUAGACUUCCUAACGGGCCGCCCCCAGGUGGUAAGGGUAGGCAACAACACAUCAGCCACGCUGAUCCUCAACAAGGGGCCCCUCAGGGGUGCGUGCUUAGUCCCCUCCUGUACUCCCUGUUCACCCACGACUGCGUGGCCAUGCACGACUCCAACAGCAUCAAGUUUCCUGACGACACAACGGUGGUAGUCCUGAUCACCGACAACGAUGAGACAGCCUAUAGGGAGGAGGUCAGAGACCUGGCAGUGUGGUGCCAGGACAACAACCUCUCCCUCAACAUGAGCAAGACAAAGGAGAUGAUCGUGGACUACAGGAAAAGGAGGGCCGAACACGCCCCCAUUCACAUCGACGUGGCUAUAAUGAAAGUCGUCAAGAGUGCACGACAACACCUUUUCCCCUUCAGGAGACUGAAAAUAUUUGGCAUGUGUCCCCAGAUCCUCAAAAAGUUAUACAGCUGCACCAUCGAGAGCAUCCUGAUCGGUUGCAUCACCGCCUGGUAUGGCAACUGCUCGGCAUCCGACCAUAAGGCGCUACAGAGGGUAGUGCGUACAGCCCAGUACAUCACUGGGGCAAUGCCCCCCCCCCACCUUUGUUUUUACACUGCUGCUACUCACUGUUUAUUAUCUAUGCAUAGUCACUUUACCCCUACCUACAUGUACAAAUUACCUCGACUAACCUGUAUGCCCGCACCUUGACUCGGUACUACACACAUUACCCCAUAAUGACAAAGUGAAAACAGGUUUUUAGACAUACAGUGGGGAGAACAAGUAUUUGAUACACUGCCGAUUUUGCAGGUUUUCCUACUUACAAAGCAUGUAGAGGUCUGUAAUUUUUAUCAUAGGUACGCUUCAACUGUGAGAGACGGAAUCUAAAACAAAAAUCCAGAAAAUCACAUUGUAUGAUUUUUAAGUAAUUAAUUUGCAUUUUAUUGCAUGACAUAAGUAUUUGAUACAUCAGAAAAGCAGAACGUAAUAUUUGGUACAGAAACCUUUGUUUGCAAUUACAGAGAUCAUAUGUUUCCUGUAGGUCUUGACCAGGUUUGCACACACUGCAGCAGGGAUUUUGGCCCACUCCUCCAUACAGACCUUCUACAGAUCCUUCAGGUUUCGGGGCUGUCGCUGGGCAAUACGGACUUUCAGCUCCCUCCAAAGAUUUUCUAUUGGGUUCAGGUCUGGAGACUGGCUAGGCCAAUCCAGGACCUUGAGAUGCUUCUUACGGAGCCACUCCUUAGUUGCCCUGGCUGUGUGUUUCAGGUCGUUGUCAUGCUGGAAGACCCAGCCACGACCCAUCUUCAAUGCUCUUACUGAGGGAAGGAGGUUGUUGGCCAAGAUCUCGCGAUACAUGGCCCAAUCCAUCCUCCCCUCAAUACGGUGCAGUCGUCCUGUCCCCUUUACAGAAAAGCAUCCCCAAAGAAUGAUGUUUCCACCUCCAUGCUUCACGGUUGGGAUGGUGUUCUUGGGGUUGUACUCAUCCUUCUUCUUCCUCCAAACACGGCGAGUGGAGUUUAGACCAAAAAGCUCUAUUUUUGUCUCAUCAGACCACAUGACCUUCUCCCAUUCCUCCUCUGGAUCAUCCAGACGGUCAUUGGCAAACUUCAGACGGGCCUGGACAUGCGCUGGCUUGAGCAGGGGGACCUUGCGUGCGCUGCAGGAUUUUAAUCCAUGACGGCGUAGUGUGUUACUAAUGGUUUUCUUUGAGACUGUGGUCCCAGCUCUCUUCAGGUCAUUGACCAGGACCUGCCGUGUAGUUCUGGGCUGAUCCCUCACCUUCCUCAUGAUCAUUGAUGCCCCACGAGGUGAGAUCUUGCAUGGAGCCCCAGACCGAGGGUGAUUGACCGUCAUCUUGAACUUCUUCCAUUUUCUAAUAAUUGCGCCAACAGUUGUUGCCUUCUCACCAAGCUGCUUGCCUAUUGUCCUGUAGCCCAUCCCAGCCUUGUGCAGGUCUACAAUUUUAUCCCUAAUGUCCUUACACAGCUCUCUGGUCUUGGCCAUUGUGGAUAGGUUGGAGUCUGUUUGAUUGAGUGUGUGGACAGGUGUCUUUUAUACAGGUAACGGCAAACAGGUGCAGUUAAUACAGGUAAUGAGUGGAGAACAGGAGGGCUUCUUAAAGAAAAACUAACAGGUCUGUGAGAGCCGGAAUUCUUACUGGUUGGUAGGUGAUCAAAUACUUAUGUCAUGCAAUAAAAUGUACAGAGAGAUCCUUGAUGAAAACCUUUUCCAGAGUGCUCAGGACCUCAGACUGGGGCGAAGGUUCACCUUCAAAGAGGACAACGACCCUAAGCACACAGCCAAGACAACGCAGGAGUGGUUUCGGGACAAGUCUCUUAAUGUUCUUGAGUGGCCCAGCCAGAGCCCGGAUUUGAACCCGAUCAAACAUCUCUGGAGAGACCUGAAAAUAGCUGUGCAGCAACGCUCCCCAUCCAACCUGACAGAGCUUGAGAGGAUCUGCAGAGAACAAUGGGAGAAACUCUCCAAAUACAGGUGUGCCAAGCUUGUAGCGUCAUACCCAAGAAGACUCGAGGCUGUAAUCGCUGCCAAAGGUGCUUGAACAAAGUACUGAGUAAAGGGUCUGAAUCCUUCUGUAAAUGUGAUAUUUACUUUAUUUAUUUUUAGUAAAUUAGGCAAACAUUUUUGCUUUGUCAUAAUGGGGUAUUGUGUGUAGAUUGUUGAGGAAACAAAACCAUUUAGAAUAAGGCUUUAAUGUAACAAAAUGUGGAAAAAGUAAAGUAGUCUGAAUACUUUCCGAAUAGCCUCAUUAUUGUUAUUUUAUUGUUACUUUUGUUAGUUUUUUUACUUUAGUUUAUUUAGUAAAUAUUUUGUAAAUCCUAUUUUCUUAAAACUGCAUUGUUGGUUAAGGGCUUGUACGUAAGCAUUUCACGGUAAGGUCUACACCUGUUGUAUUCAGCGCAUGUGACAAAUAAAAAUGUAUUUGAUUUGUUAGGAGUGUACUGAUAAGUAGGACACGUGACAUCCCGGCAAAUUUGAGAAAAAACACUUUAUAUCGGAGUUGUCUCGAGAUGGCUAUGCAUAUUCUUGACAUGAGGCUAGCAUAGCAUCUCUCUAUUGAAUACAGGCAGUUGACGUUAACAACCCUCAUUGAAUAUUUAAACAAGGAUUACAAUAAUGAGAUGUAUCCACCAAUCCAAAGAAAGUAUAGGCGGUAGCUAGACAGCCCGCUGUGCCGCUUUGUGGACAACGAAUCCCAUUGUUAGGGUUGAGAGACCUGAAUCUUGUCAGUAUAGUCAUAAUAUUUGCCUAGCCUUGGCCAAGUCCCCAACAACCGGAUGUUCCGGUUUUUAGGAGGAAUGGAAAAAGAGCGACUUCCACCACUUAUUAUUUUUUUUGUUAGUUAAAAAAACACGACCCUACCAAGCCACACUGCUUCUUGACACACUGCUCGCUUAACCCAAAAGCACCAAUGUGUGUCGGAGGAAACACCAUCCAGCUGGUGACCAAAGUCAGCUUGCAGGCGCCCGUCCCGCCACAAGGAGUCGCUAGAGCGCGAUGGGACAAGGAUAUCCCGGCCGGCCAAACCCUCCCCUAACCCAGACAACGCUGUGCCAAUUGUACGCCGCCUCAUGGGUCUCCCGGUCACGGCCAGCUGUGACACAGCCUGGGAUCGAUCCCGGGUCUGUAGUGACGCCUUAAGCACUGCGAUGCAGUGCCUUAGACUGCUGCGCCACUCCGGAGGCCCCCACGACUUCCACUUUUGGAUAGUAACAGUGAGGGGAUCCAUUAAUCGGGCCCCGGCGAGCUUUUUGCACCUGGUGAAAGUUGAUUGCAUUCGUUUUGGAACCGGGCUGCCUCCCUUGCGUGAGCCAGGUGCCCGUUCAAAGCCCACAGCGAAGUCGGCUCAAAACAAAAGUGACUUAAUUAGCACUUGGAGUGGGUCAUUCCACCAAACCGGUACAUAUACACUUUUACAUUUUUUACCCAAAUAAAUCAUUUUUCUAAAUACCCCAUGACAUGAAGGACAUAUUUAACCUCCAUUUCCCAUCUCUGGCAUCAAAGACCGAUUAUUAUCAGCCAUUUUCUUCUGAUAUGGACACCAUUUGUAUUCAACCCUGUUAUGGACAAUAUGGAAGUCUGAAUAUGAUUAUAAAAGAUACUUGUAAUAAAAUCAACAUUUACCUAUUAAUCAUAUGUCCCUCAUACUAAUUAAUAAUUGCAAAUAUAAUCACACUUUUGCUAUAUUAAAGCCUGAAAUGGACACUUUGUGUAUCAGAAUUUGAACUAAAAUCAAUAUUCUCAUGAUUGCUCUAAACAUUUCAGACUGAGCUCAACAAACAUUUCAAUUCAUAUUUCAUAAACUUUCCAAAAUUGUAUCACAGAAAUUGUAAUGUAACAGGGUUGAGACUAGGCUAACGGGGUUGAAGAUGGUAACGGGGUUGAAGAGACAAAUACGGCUUCCAUAUAAAUUGGUUUUGUUUAUUCUCAAAUUCACUUAAAGAUUUUCUAUAAACAUUGUAUUUCAUAGAUAUAACCAUGUAAUGAGGACAAUUUACAUCAAUUUUAAUUAAACUGAGCUGUAUUAACCUGCAGUAAAAAACAAAAACAUAGCAGACAUUAAUAACAUUGAACAGGUCAUCAGGUCAUCUUACUGAACAGGUCAUCAGAAUCAGGGUUACCCCUUCUGUCUGUGACCAAACAGUGUAUGUGAAAGUGAGUAGAUUACGUUGAAAGCAAAGGUCAGCCCUAACAAUGGGAGUUGUUGUCCACAAAGCGGCACGGCAGGCUGUCUAGCUCCCACCUAUCCUUUCUUUGGAUUGGUGGAUACAUGUUAUUAUUCCAAAAAAAAUGUAGUAUUCAAUGUUGACAUCAACCUCCUGUAUUCAAUGGAGAGAUAAGCUAUGCUACUACCCUCAUACCAUGAAUAUGCAUUGCCAUCUCGAGACAUCUCCGAUAUAAAGUGUUUUUUCUCAAAGUUGCCGGGAUGUCACGGUCCUACUUAUAUCAGUACACUCUUAAAAACUUAAGCAUUGCGGAACUUCUAUUAGAUCAAAUAAACCUCACUUAGCAAAUAAGCCAUUCGUUUUUUUGUUGACCAAAUUCGACACUCAUUGACCUUCCAUACAAAAACUCCUUGCUUGGUGGGCGAAACAACAAAAAACGCCACCUGCUGGAGGGAGACAGAUUUUCCGCCGAGUUGGGCCUCUCUCUUCCUUUUCCUCUCUGUUAUACCUCAGCGUCUCCUGCGCAUUUACUGGAUUGGUUGAACAGUGCAGAAGAGAACCUCCCCCGACAGCUUUUUUUCUUCUCGUCAAGACCAGUGGUGGAGUUCGUUUUGCAUGGAAGUUUCACUUAAGGACCAAUGGAAUAGUCUAAAAUGUAAAUUUCUGACCUACUACCUCAUAUCUUGCUUGUUACAUUUUUACAUGAAUGUGGCUGGUGGAAGGUACACACCCUGACCUUGCCAUUUCCUGUCUUAAUUGAAUAAAAUAAAACUUCAUUUAUCCAUUUGCACUGAUUUUUUUUGUUUUUGUUGCACAGUCACAGUACCAACCUGACAUACUGGUACACAGACACGACAUGCUGGGUGCAGUCGCAGGGUCAGCCGCAGAGCACCUGGAACAGAUUUGGGGGUUAAGUGCCUUGCUCAGGGGAACAACGGCAGUUUGCACAUGGGAUAUUCAUGCCAGCAACCCUCCCGCUGCUAACUCACUUCCUUCAGGUUUACCGGCCGUCUCUCUAUUGAAUAAUGUAACAUUGCGUAUGUGAGUGUUCUACCUGCCUCCGUCCAAGGCCCUGGCUUUUGUGGCGCAUGGAGUAUAGUACUCACCUCUGCACUGCAGGAUCAUAGGAUCAGGACCCUGAUAAAGUUAUUUAUCUCGCUCUCGCUCCUGCUACAUAACAUAAAUACUUGUUCAUAAUAUUCCAUUGCAGUUUGAUAAAAAGGUUCGGUUUUUGUUUUGGUGUUAAUUGCCAUAUUUUGACCCAUGGGUCAAAAUGUAUAUACAGUCCAUGGUCAAAAGUCUAUUAUUUGACAAAUGUAUUUUAUCCACAUCAUGGAAGUGCUGCAUUCCUUCAUUAAAAAUAGAAUGCAUCCUAGAAGUCCUCAGACAACCCUCAGAAAGUUUUGUCAUGUUGAGUUUCUUUCAAGAUGACAUUCAAAAAAAGUUGGAUGUUGCUUGAUUCCCAAUAUACUAAAUCGAUAUGAUGGAUCUGACAACGUAAUGAUGAACACUUGAUAAAUAAGUUAAUAAGGUACUGUAUAUCAGGUCUCAUUCAAGACGUAUCAGUCCUGAUGAAACACAUGCUCAAGGGUCUGUAGCCCUAUGGGAUUAAUGAUGCCAAACAUUGUACAUAAAUUGCAACAAAGAUUUUAUAGUAGGUUUCCAUUCCAUCCUCUCUGGUUGCAACCAGUAGCUGAUCAUCUUCACACUAAAAAUCUCCAAUCGAUGCAUCACGAAAGUGAAAGCCAAUGAGGACCACUUUGGGCACGACGUCAUAAAGCAUGAUUGAUAUUCCAUUAGCCCAAUCAUAACCGGACAUUUUCAUAUCUUAACCAAUCAAACUGCAUACGGUACAGGAAGUAGGCUGUCCCCGAUAGUUAAGAUAGGUAGCUUUUGCAAACGUUCUGUUUCGACCGGCCACAGAGGUAGAGGACGUUGGAGUCACUGUGAAGAGGAUCAGCAAAUUGUAUUUUUGGUGUAAAGAAUAGCCAACCCCUCUCUAUCCAACAUGUUUUCCCGCAUUGCAAGACCCACAAUUUGCAUUGCUACCAGGAGCUUAUCCACCUCCUCACAGGUAAAUAAUAUAUGUUUUGUCACCUAAGAGAUAGCUAGUAGCGUAAGUUAACUAGCUAACGUUACUAGCUAGCUAGCUACCUAGCAUGGCAGCCAGCUAGCUUGUCAGAUUAGUUAGCCAGCUAACUAGCUACAGUAGCUAGUUAUAACUUGCAAUGUCACACACAUACUUUGCAUGAGUUGAGCCACAGCAGAAUGGUCUACAGCAGAAUGGUCUAUAUUGUUUGAAACGAGUCAAUGUUAUCAACUUUAGCUAUACUUAUAACGUUAGUUUAAUUUAGUUAUCUAGCAAUAGCUGGCUAGCAAGGAUGUGUAAACGGUUGAUAGCUGCUUCCACAUCACUGUAUAAGGUCAACUUGUCACGCUUGUUUUACUUUUAGGAUUGGCAAGGGCAAGGCAUGCGCUAAGCAAUUAUGAGUGACGUAAUAAUACUAUGGUAAAGGUGCUUUGAUUGACAGACCAGUGUUUUGUCCAGUUAUCUCGAACUUGUCCUUCGUGACGUGUUAGUGAACAACCUCUGAUGGCCCAUUCAAGUUAAUGAAUUAUUAGGAGGAUUAGUUGGCCCAGUGUCUUCCAAUUCAGGUUUCUGCAAAUUAAUCCAUAUUUAAGACACAUGAUGAUGUACUAAAACUACUGAUAGUGUACAAUACAAUAACAUCACAAAUCUUUGCUACAUAAACUGCCAUAAUUUACACUUGUUUGAUCAAAACUGUCCCAAGGUGUUUCAUCAAUCAUGUGUUAAUUUUAUCCUUGACACACACUCAAUGUAAAAUAUUUUCCUGAAGGUUGGCAUUGCCAAGGAUACAGUAGUAUAAUUCCACAACAUUGAUCAAUAAAUAACUUUUACCUUAUCAAUAUAAUCAGAGCUGUUGAAAGAUUAUCUGUGAAUUUGAGUGUAAUGGUGGCUUACAUUCUUUCUACAGCUUAAUGAGCCUUGAAUCACCCACUCCGAAAUCCUGGCUUCUUAGGAAGAGGGUCUAAAUCUCCAUGUGGCCAACCAUGAAUAGUCAAGAGGUUGAAUCCAAAAAUAUUGUGUCCUGACGUUUGCCCUUUAUGUGAAUGGUUUAUGGUCUACAGUUGUCAUUUUCAGGUGAAAGGUUUCUGUCACCUAUUUGAUAUCAGCAAAUUACAAGGAUUGAUUGUGCAAAGAUUAACUGAGUCCUACAUGAAACUUGAACUAUAAACCUUGAUGAUCUAACAGACCCACCCUACAAAAUCACCAUUGAGUCUGUCUCAUUCAAGCUUAUUGCAUGUAAUAGAUGCACAUCUGUAUUCUACAAUAGUUUGUGCUGGAAUUCUUCAAACACGCAGGAAAUAUGUUUGGUUGUGUGAUUUUAUGUCAGCAAAUGACAUGGAUAGUAGGGCUGACCCCGUUAGGUUGAUAGGCUGUUGGUCAACCAAGAUUUUUGUAGUCGAGCAGUGGCAAAUAUAUUUUAAUUAUCACCAGUAGUACAUUUACUGUUAAUUACCAUAAUUUAUAAUCUACAAUGUUUGUUUGGUUAUGGUAAUUUCUGUUAAUGCAUUCAAUAUAUAUUAUUAUUACAGUCUUACCGUUGUCAUUGUAGGAGUGGACACGUUUGCAGAGCUUAUUUCAUAGUUUAUUUCAUUCCAUUUACGAGUUGUCAAUUUAUUCAUUGUCUUUUGUUUGGAGUGCUCCUGUCAAUCUUGAGUAAGGAGGACACGCACCUGAUUACACAUAGAAGAAGGCCUAGGCUACCUGGCCUGCGGGCAAAUGUAGGCUUAGAAAUGUGCCCAUUUGGAGAUCUGAUACUAUGUCUGAUUGUCUUAACUCACCAUCACUGUUGAGCUUCUGAAAGUAAUUUUUUAUUCGCCUCAAACAGCAAGUAAAUUAAGUCUGUUUUUACAUCCAUUGAGAAUGACAAUAGUUCCUCAACGUAGCCUAUUUGAAAAAUCUUUCCAGCUCGAUAACCACUCAGCAUGAAUGGGGGAAAAAAUGUCAUGCUCUGAUCCGGUGGAAACGUCAUAAAACAGUCCUACCUGAUUACCCCUUGCGCAAAUAGCCUAAAGCUGUGUCUGUUUGUCAGGAGCUCACUGGCAGGAAACUCUGAGGGCCCAGAAUAUUUUAUAUAUUGUUGCAAGUUUGCUAGCAUGAGCUUUGGGCAGGGCCAAUUUAAUAGUUGAUACAAUGUUUCAAGUUCCUUGCAGACAGGUCAUGCAUAGCCGAUGUGAUUUUAUAGGAUAUUUAUUUUUAUCAGGCUAUUUUCUUUUUUUAUUCUGGCCCCUCGUGGGAAUCAAACCCACAACCCUGGCGUUGCAAACGCCAUGCUCUAUCAACUGAGCUACAUCCCUGCCGGCCAUUCCCUCCCCUACCCUAGACGACGCUGGGCCAAUUGUGCGCCGCCCAUGAGUCUCCCGGUCGCGGCCGGCUGCGACAGAGCCUGAAUUCGAACCAGGAUCUCUAGUGGCACAGUUAGCACUGCGAUGCAGUGCCUUAGACCACUGCGCCACUCAGGAGCAUGCUGCAAUGUUUUUAUUUGUUGGCUUUAUGUAGGCUAUUUUUGCAUAUUGGCAAUGGCAAUAUAAGUUACUUUUAGAUUUGUAUCAUUUUUAUUAACCACAUGACAUUGAUUUUGAGAUAUGAAGACUUUAUUAUAAAUUAAAUGAAACUGUUCCAUGAAAAUGUGCAUAUGAAAAUCAUAACUGGCACGCAGAUCAGUAGAAAUGGUACGAUAACUUGGCACUCCAAAUUAAAAAGGUUGCCGACAGCUGGUGUAGCCUAUUACCGGCAACUUCAGGAGUGUAACGGCUGUGAAGGACAGCAGCAGCGGGAGGAGAAGGGUCGGAAACAGUUUUUUUUUCCUCUUCUGGUUAGGCUAUAUUGAUCUCUGGCUCCCUCUUUAGUAAUUUCAGUCUUCAUUUUUAAUCGCAGCGCUUAAAGCAUCAGACAAGCUCAGUUGCCUACAUAUAGUUGAUUUUAUUCACAGGGUAGGGGAGGGAAUGGCCGGCAGGGAUGUAGCUCAGUUGGUAGAGCAUGGCGUUUGCAACGCCAGGGUUGUGGGUUCGAUUCCCACGGGGGGCCAGUAUGAAAAAUAACAAAAUAAUGUAUGCACUCACUAACUGUAAGUCGCUCUGGAUAAGAGCGUCUGCUAAAUGACUAAAAUUUAAAUGUAAUUCAAACAUAGGGUGUGUCUAUAUAUGGAAAAAUACACUUUUAAAAUUUCGACCAAUCGAUCCAACAGAUUACUCUCGGUGGACCAAUAUAUAUAUUUUUUUGUCCGGACAGCCCUAUUAGAUAGACAGUCAGUGAAAUUGUCUCCUCUCCCCCUCAGAACAAUGCCAAGGUGGCAGUGCUGGGUGCGUCCGGCGGUAUUGGCCAGCCUCUCUCACUGCUCCUGAAGAACAGUCCUCUGGUGGGCGAACUGUCUCUCUUUGACAUUGCCCACACCCCCGGAGUGGCAGCUGACCUCAGCCACAUCGAGACCAGGGCCCACGUUACUGGUAAGACACCUUCCUGCUGUACAUCAGCUUCACUACUAAAGUCUUAAUACUAUAUAGUGAAAUGAGUGUGAAAAUGUCCCUUUGGUUUAUAUAAUUUAACUAUCAUGAUUAAUUCACUAGGUUACAUGGGUCCAGACCAGUUGGACGCUGCGCUGAAAGGCUGCGAUGUCGUUGUCAUCCCCGCUGGUGUCCCAAGAAAACCUGGUAAAUUCACCCAAGUUGACAAUGGGAACGUCAUGCUUUCUUUUAAUUGGAAGUGCACACAUGACAUUUUAAAAUACAAUUCUUCCAGGCAUGACCCGUGAUGAUCUGUUCAACACCAACGCCACCAUCGUGGCCACUCUGGCUGAUGCUGUUGCCCGCAACUGCCCUGAGGCCAUGAUUUGCAUCAUCGCCAACCCUGUGAGUACACCACUACCACUUCUCCAGGAUUAACUCAACCUCCUGGCGACUCACAUUACUCUAGAGCAGCUCAGACGUCUACAGUCGGAGGCCUUAGUGUUGGAGAAAAGCCAUUUUUUGUUGCCAAAGAGAAGGUAGCACUGACUUUCAGGAAUGGGGGUCAAGGGCUUAAUUUGAAAGGGAAUUUAUUUUCCAUGCCAGCUCUGUUUAGGUCACUGGUUGUUUUGGUGCUUCAGUCACCACAACCUUUAAUGAUACAAGAUCUUGUUUGAUCUUGUUCAACGGUGAAUGCUUAAAUAUUCCAUUGAUUGUGUAAUGGCUGUGUAGUGUACAUCAGAAGGUAAAUGCCAGUAAUAGUAACAUGUGGUUUGAAAUAGCUGACAGUUUUAUUUCCAAUCCAUAGGUCAACUCUACUAUUCCCAUCACAUCAGAGGUCAUGAAAAAGUAUGGUGUCUACAACCCCAACAGAGUGUUUGGAGUCACAACAUUGGAUAUCGUCAGAGCCAACGCAUUUGUCGCAGAGCUGAAAGUAAGCCAUCUUUGAGCUACAGAGGGUUGAGGACCUAUACUCACCCUCUAUACCUUUGACACACAGGAGUGAUCUCAAAGUUCACAGGCGUAUCACCCUGAACGGAACAAAGCUUGUUAUGUUUGUAUCUUACAGAUGAUUGUGGAAGAGUAGAUAUACACUGCGUGACAAAGCAAAAACAUUCACACCUACUAGAGUGGGGAAAUGUUGGUGUCUCACCAUUGAAAUCUAUUCAAAAUUGCCUACUUUGUAGUUUGGUCAGAGCAAGGCUCAAAAUGUGCUUGGGUGCAUUCUAUACAACGUUUGUAUUGUAAUAGGCUUAUGUUGUAGGGAAUGUCUCCACCUAAAUAUUUGGUUGUUGUCACCAUGAUCCAACUGCAUAACAUUUUGAAAGUAUUUUUUUUUUUUUUCAGCAGCUAAUGCUAGCUAGCUAGUAUCCACUCAUUGACUAUUGCAUAAUGAGUCGCAAGGCAAGAUGGCUGACUGUUUGGUGUUUCAUAUUGCAGGGCCUUGACCCAGCACGUGUCAAUGUACCAGUGAUUGGAGGUCAUGCAGGAAAGACCAUUAUUCCUCUCAUCUCACAGGUAAGAAGACCUCUUCACAGAAAUAAAAAAUCCAAUACCUGAACGAUUGCCUUGCAAUGCCACCAGUAGGACUAAAUGUUAAUCUAAUAACAAAAAUGACAGACACAUUUGCAAUUGCAAUUAUUUUGGGGUUUGAGCUGAUAUCUGAUAUGCCACCCCCCUUUUUGGGGAGACACAUUUGCAAUUGCAAUUAUUUUGGGGUUUGAGCUGAUAUCUGAUAUGCCACCCCCCUUUUUGGGGACAAAUUUUUUCAUGGCGCCCUCUAGUGUUUGUAACAUGUUAUGGUGUGGUUGUGGAUCAAAGUGAAUGAGAGUUGUCCUACAUUGGGAGGCUGUGAUUCGGUAUUUGUUGUUAGUCUGUAGCUUUAAGAAAUUCCUAAUUCAUGGUCAUUUUAAAAUUCAGUUGGAAAAGGAAUAGUAUAAGGUUCUCCAUGAACAAGGCUUUCCCUGUGAAUAACUAUACACCUUGCACACGCCGCUCUGUAGGCAACACCCAAAGUGGAGUUCCCAGCUGACCAGCUGUCUGCUCUGACCGCUAGGAUCCAGGAUGCUGGCACUGAGGUUGUGAAGGCCAAGGCUGGAGCGGGUAGGCAGUGUUACCCUAAGGACUGACUGAUUCUCAAUGAACUGUCCUUUAAACAUAACUCAUGUUUGAACCACUCUGAUGAGCUCUAACUGGCUAACCUAUGUGUGUUCAGGCUCUGCUACGCUGUCCAUGGCCUACGCUGGGGCUAGGUUCACCUUCUCUGUCCUGGACGCCAUGAACGGAAAGGAUGGAGUCGUAGAGUGUGCGUACGUAAGGUCAGAAGAGACCGAAUGCAAAUACUUCUCCACACCACUCCUCCUCGGGGUAAGUCCUGCACCACCAUAUAAACAGGUUAAAAGUUGGAGACUGACAUUUCACCUUCUGCUUAUUGAUGUAUUAAUUCUGUACUUGUACUUAAUUCAGGUUCCUAUUUGAAUGACACACUACUUUCUUGAAUACAGUUGACAAUCUGAAGCGGUAACCAGGAGGAAUAUUUUUGUGUCCUUUUAGAAACAUGGAAUUGAGAAGAACCUUGGCCUGGGCAAGCUGUCAGCCUUUGAGGAGAAUCUGGUGGCUGAUGCCAUUGGUGAGCUGAAGGGCUCCAUCAAGAAGGGCGAAGAUUUUGUUGCUAACAUGAAGUGA